GCCUACCUGCGUGCGUCCGUGCAUUCUUUAUCAACCAUAGACUGCAAAUACAAGCCCUAUCAUCAAGAAUUGGCUGUGUAUUGCACGGUGUCGCUUUAAAGGGGGCGUUCGGUCGCAUAUUCCCAUUCUGCCAGAGUGUAAAUUGAAGAGAGGGACUCAUUUGAAGCUGUCCUUGUGCGAUUGAAUCAACAGCAACAGCGGAGCGCAAUGGGAGAGGCCGAGACGCGUCAGAAAUUGCUGCGCAAUGUGAAGAAAGAGGUGAAACAGAUCAUGGAGGAGUCAGUGACUCGGAAGUUUGUGCAUGCAGACAGCAGCCAUAUCAUAUCCUUCUGUGCUGUAGUGGAGGCAUGUGUGCUCCAUGGGCUGAAGAGGCGAGCAGCGGGCCUCCUUUGCAGUAAUAAGGUAGCAGCACUCUUCAUGAAGGUGGGGAAGAGCUUCACCCCAGCGGAGGAACUCUGUCAGAAGGUCCAGGAACUAGAGCAGCUCAUCGAGACCAACAGACAGGCUCAACUAAAUAAUGGCAGUGUUCAGAAGCAACCCGGAGUGACCAACCUCCCCCCUCAGGGCUUGAGGAACCUAUGGAUCCGCACUGCUCUCAUGGAGAAGCUUCUGGACAAGAUUGUCAUGUACCUAGUGGAGAACAGCAGUACGUUCUAUGACAGUGAGGCCAUUCUAAUGGAUCCUGUGGAUGGACCAAUCCUUGCCUCUCUGUUAGUCGGCCCCUGUGCUCUGGAGUACACUAAGGUGAAGACAGCCGACCACUUCUGGACAGACCCCUCUGCUGAUGAGCUAGUCCAGAGACACCGUAUCCACAGUGGCCACUGUCGCCAGGACUCCCCCUCCAGGCGACCUGCCCUGAUCCAGAAGAGGCAGUCGAGUGGCAGUAUGGAAGAUCGGCCCAUCCUGUGGGCUCGGGACUACGUUGAGUCCCUCCAUCAGAACAACAGGGCUACACUGCUGUUUGGCAAGAACAACGUCUUGGUGCAGCCGAGGGAUGACAUGGAGGCUAUCCCAGGGUACCUGUCUCUCCACCAGACUGCAGAUCUCAUGACCCUGAAAUGGACCCCCAACCAGCUCAUGAAUGGCAAUGUGGCAGAUGACACUGAAAAAAGUGUUUACUGGGACUUUGCCAUGACUAUUCGCCUGGAGGAGAUUGUUUAUCUGCACUGCCAUCAGCAAGUGGACAGUGGUGGAACAGUGGUUCUGGUGAGUCAGGAUGGGAUCCAGAGGCCUCCACUGCGGUUCCCCCGGGGAGGACACCUGCUCCAGUUCCUGACCUGCCUGGAGACAGGUCUUCUGCCACAUGGACAACUCGACCCCCCUCUGUGGUCCCAGAGGGGAAAGGGAAAGGUUUUCCCUAAGUUGCGGAAGAGGAGUCCGCAGGGCUCUGUGGAGUCUGUGUCGGAUAAAGAGGAGGACGAGGCCACUGACUAUGUCUUCCGGAUCCUGCUCCCUGGUACUCCGUCAGACUUUGUGGCUCCAGAGCUGAUGGACCAGGCGGUGAACAUGUGGCACCCCACCCCCAGGAAGUCCUCCUGUUUCUCCUGCUCUCAGAACGGAUCCCCUGUUGGCUCACUACCCAACGGCUGCAACCAGGACAGGGCUCCCCUGAAACUCCUCUGUGACACCAUGAAGUACCAGAUCAUUUCCCGUGCUUUCUAUGGCUGGCUUGCCUACUGCCGUCACCUGUCCACCGUUCGUAUCCAUCUCUCUGCCCUGGUCAACCCUACCAUCGUUGACCCUAACGUGCCUCAUGAUGCCCGGGGAGGGCUGACUGUGGAUGUCUGGAGCAGCUUCCUCCAGGACUGCUCUGCGUAUGAUGAGCAUGAGCUUCUGCGGUUGGUGUACUAUGGUGGUGUGGCCCCUACAAUACGCAAGGAGGUCUGGCCAUUCCUGCUGGGACACUACCACUUCGAUAUGACCCAGAAACAUAGGCUGGAGGUGGAUGAGCAGGUGCGGGCCUACUAUGAGCAGACUAUGAAGGAGUGGCUGGGCUGUGAGGCCAUCGUCAAGCAGAGGGAGGGGGAGAAGCAUGCUGAAGCCAUAGCCAAGUGCAAUUCUGUGGAAAGACCAGGACCAGUGCAGCGAGACUCCACCAUCAGCACUGAUUCCUCACAGAGCACCAGUUCAGAGAAGCAGAUAGCCCAGAGCGACUCCAGCAGUAGCACACAGGCAUUUGGGUCUGUGGAGGAGGUGGAUCAGAUAGAAUCCGUGAUGAAGCCAGAGGAAGGCAAAGAGGUGUCCAAAAUUCCAUUGAAAGACUGCCCAGAUGUGGCCAACCCAAAUGUUACCUCAGAAUCUGGAGACCCACCCAAAAAAAUCUCUGUUGGCUCAGGUCUUCCAGAACAGCCCCAAAGCACAAACAACAACAACCCUGCAACAAAACGUCCUGCAACUGAUUUAACUGUCAAAACAGUUGCCACUCAGCCAUCACCAGAGCCAUCAGAGCCCCAGGGAGCUGCAUCUAGGCCAGUGGCAGAGGCCCAGGCUGGGUCAAAGCUAACAGAGAAUCUCCCUGUCUCAAGAUCAACAGAAGAACCAAAGGUCACAAUAACAGCUGAUGACAAGGCAGGGGAGGAGCAUCCUAAGGCUCCAACACAAGAGUCCAAAGCCCCAGAGAGUAAAGAGGUUGAAUGCUCUGAAUCGGUAGAAAUCAUACAAAUCCCAGAGAGGGUUAAAGAAAGGGGUUCUAACAAAGAAGACGUGAAGUCCUUAGUAAAUACUGAAACCGAAAACAAAGUUGCAGGAAAUAGGUUGUCUGAAGUUUCCACCACAAAAGACCCAAAGCUGCCUGUGAGAGCUGCGUACGCAACUGAGAAUACUGAUAUUCUCAAACUAGAAACAGAGGUUUCUAAUGUAUAUAUUCCAGCACCACCACUAGGCGAGGCCACAGUUAAUAAAACACAAGAGAGCAAAGCCCCUGUGUCAGAACCAUCCUGUGCUACAGAGCCAUCUUUAACAGAAGGAAACAAAGCUUCAACAAUAGCAGUGGAGGCUGGUAUUGCUGAAAAAGAGGACCCAAACUUCUCUGACAUUGAAGAAAUCACAGAAUCUGAAUUACAAACAAUUAAAACCCCUCAAACCAGCGACGCUUGUGUUUGUGAGAAAGACAUGGAUAGUACUGAAGAAAAGGUUUCAGAAAUAGCCAAAACCAAAACAUUAGACACUGUGGAGGCCAGUGUCCCUGAGAAAAGCAAUACCAAAGCUGCAGAAAUGACAGUUGCCAUAGAUUCAGAGAAACAUGCACCUUGCAUGCCCGUACUGAAGCCACCUCAGCUAGAGGCCAGGGCCAGUGUUACAGUGACAGCCCACUCUAUGCGUUCUCCUGAUACACUAGAUUCUGAUGACUCGCCCUCUGCCUUAGAGAUGGAGGACAUUCCCACGGCCUGGGCAAGACCCUUGUCCGGCCUGAUGGCUCCCCCUGCUGCCCCCUUCUUGGCCCUGGGGAGAGUUGUUUCAGGGGAACCUGUCCUGCGUGCAAGCUCCAACACCAGUCUUGAUGGAACUGAGCCAACCCUGUCUGAGGAGGAGCCUGAGAUGGAGAGUCUCUACCCCCAGUCUGACUUUUUGGUUGUGACAGAUGAACUCAAACCUGAGGUUUCACCAGUGGUAGUGUCCCCUGCAGGGACUACGUACUCUCAAGAGCAGCUGGACUUGUACUUGCUCAACCUGCAUCGCAUUGAUAAGGAUGUGAGGCGCUGUGACAGAACCUACUGGUACUUCACCCCUGCUAACCUGGAGAAACUACGCAACAUAAUGUGCAGUUAUGUGUGGCAGCAUCUGGAGAUUGGCUAUGUCCAGGGCAUGUGUGAUCUGCUGGCUCCUUUACUGGUCGUUCUGGAUGACGAGGUCAUGGCUUUCAGCUGCUUCUCUGAGUUGAUGAAGAGGAUGAAUCAGAACUUCCCCCAUGGAGGGGCCAUGGACUCACACUUUGCCAACAUGCGCUCCCUCAUCCAGAUCCUUGAUUCAGAGCUCUUUGAACUGAUGCAGAUGAAUGGAGACUACACUCACUUCUACUUCUGCUACCGCUGGUUCCUGCUAGACUUCAAAAGAGAGAUGUUGUAUGAUGAUGUGUUCUCCGUGUGGGAGACCAUCUGGGCGGCCACGUAUACCUCCUCCACUCAUUUUGUCCUCUUCAUCGCUCUGGCACUGGUGGAAAUAUACCGAGACAUCAUCCUGGAGAACAACAUGGACUUCACUGACAUCAUCAAGUUCUUCAACGAAAUGGCUGAGCAUCACAACAUCCCGCAGGUCCUAACGAUGGCUCGAGACUUGGUCCUCAAAGUGCAGACUCUCAUAGAAAACAAGUGAUCCAGCAUGUGUCUUUUCCUCCCCUUUCACUCAGUGUGCAAAAUUGUGAAAAUUGUGAGAAAGUCACAUAAAAUGUAUGUAUUCUGAAAAUCGUAACUUGUAUUUGUAUGAAAGCUAAACCAACAAUUGACAAAAGCAGACAUAGUGGUCAGGAUUUUAAAAUCACGCUUCUCAAUCAUUAUUUUUAUUCCUGAAAUCGUCAGGUGAACCAUACUGAAGCUGUUGUCACACUACAAUAAUUGCAUAAUGCAGUAUUUCUGUCUCAGUCCCUAAAAGCACUUUCCUAUGUUCAGGUAAUUAACAUUAUAAUCAAUAAGUUUAUGAAAAAAUGUAAUUGUUCACUUAGUGAAUGUACCCUUUUAAAAACAAAAACUCUUUGCAUAUUGCUUCAGAAUGUUUUUGUAUUUGUUUUGCCUUAAAUUUAGCUAUCUUGUGCAGGGAUAUUCUCAAUAUGAUAACCAAAUGAGAUCUUGUUUGUACAUUUCCGUCAUACACUUCCCAUCAGUUAGAACCAUUCACAGAGUAAAGGUGCAGCCAAAAAGCCUGCACCUCUCCAACAUCGCAGGAACACAUGCUGAAACCCCUGGCUGUAUCUCAAACAUAUCGUCCCCCAUGUAUUCCAGUGUUUUUGUAUUAAGUGCUUAAAUCUGUCUCUUAUCUUCUCCUUAUCGGCUAAAUGUCUGCGUGUAUUGCUGUUGUACUGUAAUGGUAACUGUACAAUUAUUUUUAACACACAUAGGCUAAUAUUCAAAUGUAUCUGUGAGUAUAACAAUGUAGCUAUACUGUUUAAUAUCAGAUAUGUACACUCACGUAGGCCACUGUACAUGUGAUUUGUUGCUUGACGACAAUAGAUAAAUAUACUGACAAACAUAUGAGAAAAAUAGUCUUAUUUUUUCAAUGUAUUCUUGAAUUGUUUAUUGUUGUUAUUACUUUGCUGUGUAUUAAACAAUCAGUAUAUUUUGGAUUCA